UGAACCCGGUAGCGGGUAUUGGUUGCUCAGAGACAGAGUCAUCGGAGUUUAGCAAGGUAGCAGCCCGACGUUCGCAGCACUAGUAAGGACAAGAUAUGGUUAGCUGCAAUUGAAGAUAGAAUGAUCACACCUGAAUGGAUCAAGUUCACCAACAUAACCGAAGCAACUGAAGAGCUUUCUAUGAUGUCUUUGCCUGAUAAAGUUGAGUACAUACUUGAAGAAGUUGAAAACAUUUCUAAAAAUCCGAAAGUUGAUACUCCUCCAUUGGAACCCAAAGAGUCAAUUGAAAAAGAGGACAAGAAGUCUAUUCUUAAACAAAUUAGAAAAUUAAAAGAAGGUCAUGAGAAGGUUGAUUCAGAUCUUGCAUCUUUCAGGAAAGAUGUCUUUGAGGAACUAGGUAGCCUUCGAGCACUACUAAAUGACUCUAUCAAAUCUGUUUUGCAGGUGAUAAACAGUCGAAAUAAUAACAUUGAUGCCAAGUUUGCUGGGAGUUCUACAAAAAAUGCUGACCACCUAAAAGAAAAGAACAAUCAACAAUUUCAGUGUACUAGUGGAGAACCAUUGCAUGCCAGCAGCGGCAAAAUAGGUGCCGUUGAUGAAGAAAAUGCAGUAAGGGAAGAUAUGCAUGCACAAUCUCCAAUUCACGGAGUCACAUCAACAAUUCAAGGAGAACAGAAGAAAGAGGAAGAUGUUAAUGUAGGUAAAGAAGCCGAGUAUGUAAAUGUAGGUGAUUCGGACGACUCCAGAGGUGAGAAGAAGGAGGUUACACUUGAUGAUUUUGAGCUGCCAGAUAACUUCUCCCAGUUGGUUAAGUUCGGCGAGCCUAACCAAGAUGAAACAACACCUGUGCAUCAAGGUAGAACAAGGCAGCCUGGAAAACAUGCCCGAUCACCAUUUCUACCUUUAUAUAGUUCUGGUGGCAGCACUUCGGCUGGACCUCCAAUUUUUCACGUAAAGCACCCAUUUACUACUGUUAUUGGUCAAGAUGUUGAUCCUGAGUUGUUGGAAGAAUUCAGGAAGUGGUUAUACUUUGGUACCGACAAAGCUUUAAAGAGGAGGAAGGCUCUGUAUUCUAUAAAGGAUAACCAAAUUCAGCCAUGGUUUGAUCUUGGAGUAGAAAAGGUUGAUAAGAAGGAGUGGUUCUAUAAUAUGGCACACCCCGACCAAGUCCUCAACCACACGAUAAACUCAUACUCAAAAUAUGUAGUUAUUUUGUUGAAUUUUUUCUUUAUUUGUAUCUAUAACACUGUUAUAGUGCCAUCUCCAGUAUAUGUAGUUAUUGUGUAGAUAUAUUGGAGAUAUUCUGUAUAAAUGCUUAACAUCAAACUGAA